GAAAAGCUGGGCGUGGUCAAUAACAAGCGAUAUGAUUGGUCGUUUAAACUAGACGGGAUCCUGCACAAUGCCUCCCAGGACGUCGUGUACGAUACUGUGGCCAAGCCAGUUGUGUCCAAAGCUUUGCUUGGUUAUAAUGGUACAAUAAUGUGCUAUGGACAGACUGGUGCUGGGAAAACGCACACCAUCACCGGGACAACCGGGGACUACACCCAUCGAGGAAUCAUCCCCAGAGCCCUACAGCAGGUCUUCAAAGAGAUCGAAGAGCAAAGUGAAAACUCGGUCACUGUGAGGGUUUCCUACAUGGAGAUCUACAACGAGACCCUGUUUGACCUCCUAUCCACAUUACCCGAGGUGCCGGCUUUUGACACACCAGAUGACCAUAGUUGACGACUCACAUGGGGUGUUCGUUAAAGGCUUAUCUCUCCACCAUGUUCCCAGUGAGGAACACGCCCUGAAUCUGCUGUUUGAGGGGGAGACAAACCGGAUCAUAGGAUCGCACAUCCUGAAUAAACACUCUUCUCGGUCCCAUUGUAUCUUCACCAUACAUGUGGAGUCCCAGUCCAGGACGUUAUCCAAUGCGAAGUACACGGUGUCAAAGAUCAACCUGGUGGACCUGGCGGGUUCUGAGAGAUUGGGGAAGACCGGGUCUGAAGGUCAGGUCUUGAAGGAAGCUACUUACAUCAACAAGUCCCUGACUUUCCUGGAACAAGCCAUCAUUGCGCUGGCCGACCGCCGUGACCACGUCCCGUACAGGCAGAGCAAACUCACUCACGCCCUCAAGGACUCGCUAGGAGGAAACUGUAAUACGGUGUUGGUGGCGAAUGUGUACGGCGAGGCGGCU